GCCAGCAGCAGCAGCAGCAGCAGCAGCAGCAACGCAGCACGCCACCGGCUGCCCGUCCACGCGUCCGUCCGUUCGCCACGGUUCUCUUCGCCGAGUAGCGCGCAAGCGAACGCAUUCGAAGGGCUGCGCUUGCACUCGUCAGUCACAUGUUCUUUUACCUCGUCACCGUGCUCAACUCGAUCGUGGCUUUCCGCAGUUACAAGCAGAUCAGGCCUACGAACCAGAUAAAAGAUGCGUGCAAAGAUUUGGUGCUCUCGGACGAGCAGCUGCAGCUCGUCAUGGAGAGACUCACGAACGAGAUCGAGAGGGGUUUGUGCAAGGAGACCCACGACGACGCUAUUGUCAGAUGCUAUACCACCUACGUGCAAAAUCUGCCCAACGGCACUGAAAAGGGCAACUUCCUGGCAUUGGAUCUCGGAGGCACGAACUUCCGUGUACUGCUGAUCACGUUGGAUUACGGCCACUUUGACAUGAAGAGCAAGAUUUACGCGAUUCCACAGAGUCUGAUGUUGGGCACAGGUACCCAGCUGUUCGAUCACAUCGCCCAGUGUCUUGCACUAUUCGUCAAGGAUCUGAAGCUCGAGAAUGAAGUGCUGCCCCUUGGAUUUACUUUCAGUUUUCCACUCACCCAACAGGGUCUCACCAAGGGAUUACUCGUCAGGUGGACCAAAGGCUUCAAUUGCAGCGGCGUCGUCAACGAGGAUGUCGUUGCGCUGCUCGAGGAAGCGAUCGCCAGGAGGAAUGACAUUAAAAUCGACGUGUGCGCGAUCCUAAACGACACCACUGGAACGCUUAUGUCUUGCGCUUGGAAAAACAAGAACUGCCGCGUUGGCCUCAUUGUCGGAACUGGAUGCAACGUGUGCUACGUAGAGAAAACAGAGAACGCAAAAUGCGCGCAAACUGGACAAUACGAUCCUGAAAAACCCCAUAUGCUUAUAAAUGCAGAAUGGGGAGCUUUCGGUGAGCGAGGAACAUUAGAUUUUGUCCUCACCGAAUUCGAUCGUGAUAUCGACGAAAACUCCAUCAACAAAGGCAAACAACUGUUCGAAAAAAUGAUCUCGGGAAUGUACAUGGGUGAGCUUGCCAGGCUGGUACUGGAGAAGCUCACCAACGAGGGAUCACUGUUUAACGGCAAAUGCUCGUGCGAGCUCAAGAAACGCGGCAAAUUCUUCACAAAAUACGUUUCCGAAAUUGAGUCCGAUCCAAAAGGAAAAUACGGAAACUGCCGUGAAAUUCUGGCGGAAUUGGGCAUCACAAAUGCAACGGAUCAAGAUUGCGAGAACGUACGAUACGUAUGCUCGAUAGUGUCGAGGCGAGCAGCACAUCUUGCAUCCGCUGGCAUUGCUUGCCUUCUCAACAAGAUGGGUGAAAAUAACGUCACCGUCGGUGUCGACGGCUCCGUCUACAGAUUCCAUCCUCACUUCCACGAUCUCAUGGUUGAGAAAAUCAGCUCGUUGCAAUCCUACAAGUUUGAUCUGAUGCUCUCAGAGGACGGCAGUGGUCGCGGCGCGGCGUUGGUCGCCGCGGUAGCCUCGCAAAAACGGUGAAGAUAAGCGGCGGGCCGCUCAUAAAUUAUACUUAACGAAAUGAAAAAUAAACUUCUAGACUAAA